CAUGUCAAAUUAGGUAGACGUCAAGAUCAGAACAAUUUGAAUCAUGACUGUGUAACAUUUGCUCAAACGUCCGACAAAACUGAAUAAAAUUGUAAGUGUUUUAAAGAAAUGGAGACUUUAAAUCGUAUCGCAUCUACCUUCGAGAACGUUAGGAUAGCCAUCAAGAAAAAGAAUUCUACCGAGAGAAUCCAAAGCCUGAAGAAAGAUAUUCAAAGCAUCAGUACGGAGCUUAAAGUACUCGGGAAGGAGAACCACGACAAUCAUGUAAGGUCUAUAGCCAUGGAGGGCUAUCUCGCUCUACUUUCUGCUAAAACGAUCCCAGUGUCUAUAGUAGAGAAGAGAAACAUUCUCCUCGCGGCCUUUGAAAAGAUAAAACAUUUCGCUCUCCGCGACGAAUGUCUAUUUAUCACACUUAGAAUCCAAAAUCUCCUCUGUUACUAUUUUAUACAGCUAGACAUGAUCACAAAUGCCAGGGAUAUCCUAGAAAGCAUGGAGGACCUUUACGACAAAGUCAGCAAGUCUCAACCUGACAAAUUUCUUGACGCAGAAGACUUGUUCACCUCUGAACCAAUAGGAAAAAUCAAGCGUGUGAACCCUGAGAAAAUUGACAAGGUCAUAACGAACAACGUGCAGAUGCAGGCUUUUAUUUACAACAAGUUGAAUAUGCCGGAGAAGUACACUCUUUACAACCACACUGCCUUGAGGCGACAGCUGGAGAUGAAGGAGGGAACUCCGCAGGACUGGGCCCUGAGAGCAGCUCGCCUCGGGAACUACUUCACUUACCUGAACCAACUCGGCAACGCUCGCCAUCAUCUGUGCGCCGCAUACCACGUACUUAGGACUUGCCACGACAAUUGUAAACUCAUGCCCGAAGAGUUUGUGCUGCAAAAGGCAGAUUUUGAGAUGCAUUUCUUGGAAUUAAGCCAUCAUUGGGUGAAAUACGGAUUGACUUUACUCAAAUUGUCCAAGAAGAAGAUUCUGAACCGUUACUUCUCGCAACCCACGUCACGCUCGGACCUAUGGAAAACUGUAGAUUUGCUCGAGGAGCAGGAAGAGGGUGCAGAAAAAUUAGACGAAGAAAAUGAAAAGGACCAGGGCGCUGAGAAAAAUGGAAAAGGUGACUGUGUCCCAGAAAAGUUGUAUACAUUUCCUUCGUUAGAUUUGAAAGAAAUGGAAAAUAGAGUGCCGCUAGAAGUGGUAUGCUCAGUCGAGGAUGCUAGAAAGCUAUUCGCUUUUACCCACAAGUGGUUGAUGAGGGCGAAGCAUUAUUACGAUUUCGAGCAUCACUCUGCUCAGUAUAUAUCUUGUUCUCUACAGUUGGCCGAACUGUAUGAGCACUUGGCGUUCUUCGAGAGGAGCAUAGACAACCAGUACAGCAUUCAGAAGCGAAGAGCUGACGUGUUGGAGACUCUGAACGCGUUGCUGAAGACCUGCGACAACGUGAUGUCUGUUCAGAUAGACGUGAUCAGGGAGCUGUCGCAGGUGCAAUUGGAACUGAUGGCGUUAAACCUCCAGAAGCUGUGGCGCGAAGAGUCGCAGACCAAUAUAUUCAAUUUCGACGCUGACGCAGAUUCGAUUAUAAAUUCGUUGGAUUCCGAGUCAAAUAGAACUCUGACAGAGAAAAAUUUGAACACCUCUUGCAAAAACAUGUUCUUGAGGAAAAUGGAAGCCGCGACUUCAAUCAACGGGAAACUGUUCCGUCUCAGCGGGCAGCUGGGAGCGCGGACGCCUUCUCAGCUCAGCCUGAGCUUGGGUUCUUUGAAAAACUAAAACGGUAGCGCCGAAAGUGUUCAAACGAAACACGCGAUGAAUUAAAUGGAAGUGACUGAAAAAUAAAUAUUUGUAAAACAGCAUUAAAAAUACUGUAUAAUUUUUAAAUAAAAAGUAAAAUGCGAAA